AUGGCGUCAUUCCUCUCGCGGGCGGCGUCCAAUUCCCACGUCCAGUUUGCGACAACUGCCGUAGUAUCUGGCGCAGUGGUCGCGGGAACGAUUCUUGGAUACCAACGACUUCAGCGAGAGUCGCGCAUCAGCCACCUCAAACAUUCGAUACCCGAACUAGAGAACGACGAUACAGUACGGUCGCUUUUCAAGGCCUAUUCAUGUGUUCCCAGGCUUACUGACCGCAAAGCUGUGCAGAUAAAUGAUUUUGGCGGCGCCUCACCCUCCUCCUCGAAAGCAGACGAAGAAGACCGACGGAACGAAGAGCUCGCACGACGCGCACAGGCCGGCGACUUUGACGACGAGCUGAUCCUCGAGCAGCUGGCGCGCAAUAGGGUAUUUCUCGGGCCCGAGGGGCUGGAAAAGCUACGCAACGCUUUUGUCGUUGUCGUGGGCUGCGGUGGCGUGGGAUCGCAUGCCACUGCGGCGCUGGCCCGGUCGGGCGUGUCCAAGAUCCGGCUCGUCGACUUUGACCAGGUCACACUGAGCUCGCUCAACAGACAUGCAGUGGCUACGCUGGCGGAUGUAGGAACUGCCAAGGUUCUCUGUCUGCACAAACGGCUCAUUGCCAUUACACCGUGGACCAAGUUUGACCUGCGCCAGGAAAAGUACUGGGACGAAUCGGCCGACCGCUUGCUGCAGCCGUGGCAAGACAAUGAUCAGAAGCCAGACUUUGUUAUUGAUGCCAUUGACAACAUUGACACAAAGGUUUCGCUGCUCGAAUACUGCUACAAACACGACAUUCCAGUGAUCUCGGCCAUGGGUGCCGGCUGCAAGAGCGAUCCCACGAGGAUCAUGGUUGGCGACAUUAGCUCCAGCACAGACGAUAGACUCUCCCGAGCCACAAGACGACGAUUGAAGCUCAAGGGCAUCACCAAGGGCAUACCGACCGUUUUCUCUACAGAAAAAUCUGGAGAAGGCAAGGCCGAGCUCUUGCCAUUGCCCGAGGACGAAUUCACCAAGGGCUCAGUGGGAGAUCUCGGAGUGCUGCCAGACUUUAGAGUUCGUAUCUUGCCUGUACUGGGCACCAUGCCAGCUGUAUUUGGCUACACGGUAGCAAACCAUGUAAUUCUAUCGAUCACAGGAUACCCAUUGGAUUAUUCUCCAGCAAAGGGCCGAGACAAGAUGCACGAUGGUAUUCUUGCUGCUUUGCAGGGCAGUGAGGAGAAGAUUCUUCGACUCAUGACUCCGGGCCAUGACCCCAAUAUUGCCCUCGGCCUCAAGAUCCCAAUCACGAUGGGCGACGUGGCUUUCUUGACCGAAGAGGUUUUUAGAGGCAGGAGUGCCAUCACGGGACUAUCCACACGUCUUGCUCUUCUUAGGUGGCGCAAGCCUACAAAAUCUACAUUGAUCAGCAUUGGUGACCAAAAGUCCACUGAUGUCAAGCUGAGCGAUCUGGUCUGUAUGACCAAGGACGAGGCUGCGCGACACGAAAAGGAAAUUUUCAAGGGUGACAAGACAGUGGAGGAAAUCUACGACGCAGAGACGAUUGCAAAGGUUGAAGGACUUAUGAAGGAGGCGGCCAAGUAUGAGAAAUAUAGGUGA